UUUCAUUAGGGCAAUCGAAAUUUGAGCUGUCAUGCUAGCUGUCCGAAACAGCGCGACCAUUGGUGUCGGCCGAAUAGCGACCGCCCGUUUAACCCCGUCCUGCCUCAUAAUAUCGGAGAGGCAUUCUUCGAAUGGCUCGAAAUCGGCUAAUGAUGUUGAGAUCCAGCCCUUAAAAGCCACCUCGCUAGCAAACUUGCGCCGAGGUACAGGAGGACGUUCGAGCUUUAAUGGCUUGGUCGUAACUGUUCUUGGGGCCACGGGUUUCGUCGGACGCUACGUUUGUAACAGACUCGGAAAAAUCGGUUCGCAGUUAAUUCUCCCGUACCGUGGCGAUAAUUAUGACCCUCUUCGCCUACGGUUAGUUGGUGACCUCGGCCAGGUCCUUUUCACUCCGUAUCAAGCGGUCGACUUAGAUUCUCUUCGCAAAAGUAUGCGCUAUUCGAAUGUUGUUGUCAACCUCAUCGGACGAGACUACGAGACGCGGAACUUCAAUUUUCAUCGAGUUCAUGUUGAGGUUGCUAGGAAUGUAGCCAAAAUAGCGAAGGAAAUGGGCGUAGAGCGGCUCAUACAUUUCUCAGCCCUGAAUGCGAGUGAAAAUCCGCCGAGUACCGUUAUCAAAGGAGGAUCGAAGUUUUUGAAAACCAAAUGGCUUGGCGAGCAAGCUGUUCGAGAAGAGUAUCCCGAAGCAAUCAUCUUCCGCCCCGCGGAUGUUUGGGGGCAAGAAGACCGGUUCAUGAGGUAUCACGCGAUGUGGUGGAGACGGCAAUCAAGCUUUUAUCCGCUUUGGAAAAAGGGUGACCAUGUCAUUAAGCAACCCGUGUAUGUCGGAGAUGUAGCUGGAGGGGUCGUAAACGCCAUCUUUGAGCGAAACGCCGAAGGCAAGACCUAUGAAAUCGUCGGUCCUCAAAGAUUCGUUCUUGGCGAGCUCAUUGAUUAUUUUCAUCGUGUGAUGCGGAAAAUGGACACCGAAUGGGGCUACAAGAGGUACGACAUGCGAUUCGAUCCGACAUAUUUCUUGAAAAUUAUCUUCAAUGAGAAAAUCAAUCCCGCGAGUCCUAUCAAUACGAUGACUUGGGAGAAGUUAGAGCGAGAAAACGUUACCGACACCUUGAGCGGUUUGCCGAGGCUGGAGGAUCUUGGCGUUUCACCACUGACGACGAUUCACGAACGCGCCAGCUGGGAACUUAUGCCCUACAACGCAUAUAAUUAUUACGAUGCCGAAUUGGACGAAUUUGCCAGACCCGAUCCUCCCCCAACUGUUGUGGAAUCUUGAGUGUGUUACCGGUUUUGUUCGCGGCUAUGGAUAAGUAGGAUUUUAUCGGUCUGCUCGCCACUGAUGUGAUUCCCCGUUCUUAUAAUCAGUCGCAGUAAUUGAGCCUCGGUUCUGUACAUGGGAAAGAAACCCUGUUUAAAAUAAAUGUUGCGUUGCUUUUUCUUUUUGUACGUCUCCUCAUGACG